UGGCCUUUCCCGGGGUUGGCAGAGACGCUCCCCGCCACACAAACAGGCAGCAUGGCUGUCCUGGGCAUCACGGCCGCCCUGCUGGUGUGGAUGGCCACCCUGCUGGUCCUCUCCUUCUGCAAGCAGGUGCACCGCAGGUGGAAACUGCCCCCAGGCCCUUUCCCGCUGCCCUUCUUUGGGAAUAUUUUUCAGUUGGAAUUAAAGAAUAUACCAAAGUCCUUCACCAAGCUGGCAGAGCGCUUUGGGCCGGUGUUCACUGUGCACCUGGGCUCCCGCCCCGUCGUGGUCCUGCACGGCUACCAGGCCGUCACGGAGGCCCUGCUGAAGCACAGGAACGAUUUUGCUGGCAGAGGAGAAUUCUGCCUGUUCCAGGAGCAAAGGCACAAAGGCAUUACUUUCAACAAUGGCCCGAGCUGGAAGGGCACCCGGCGGCUCUCCCUGACCGUCCUCCGAGACUACGGGAUGGGGAAGCGGGGCAACGAGGCCCGGAUCCAGAGGGAGAUCCCGUUCCUGCUGGCGGCGCUGCGCAGGACAGACGGCCGGCCCUUCGACCCCACCUUUCUCCUGGGCCGCGCCCCCUGCAACAUCAUCGCCGACAUCCUCUUCGGCCGGCGCUUCAAUGACGACGACACCACAAGUCUGAGGCUGCAGGGCUUGUUCAACGAGAACAUGUACCUGCUCGGCACUCCCUGGGCGCAGCUUUAUAACAGUUUUCAAAGCUAUCUACACUACCUGCCCGGAAGCCAUAGGAAAGUACUAAAAAACUUGUCUGAAUUAAAAGCCUAUGCCUUGGACAGAGUGAAGGAGCACCAGCAGUCCCUGGACCCCAGCUGCCCCCGGGACUUCAUCGACUGCCUGCUCAUAGAGAUGGAGAAGAAACGAUACAGUGAAGAGCCUGGGCACACCUUGGACAACAUCACUGCGACUGUGGCUGACCUGUUCUUCGCGGGGACGGAGACCACCAGCAUGACUCUGAGAUACGGGCUCCUGGUUCUCCUGAAAUACCCGGAGAUUGAAGAGAAACUUCAUGAAGAAAUCGACAGGGUGAUUGGGCCCAGCCGAGUCCCUGCCGUCAAGGACAGACUAGAGAUGCCCUACAUGGACGCGGUGGUGCAUGAGAUCCAGCGCUUCAUCAACCUCCUGCCCACCAACCUGUUGCAUGAAGCAACCCGGGACACAGUGUUCAGAGGAUACGUCAUCCCCAAGGGUACAGUUGUAAUUCCAACACUGGACUCCCUCUUGUUUGACAACCAAGAAUUCCCCGAUCCAGAGACGUUUAAGCCAGAGCACUUUUUAGAUGAGAAUGGGAAGUUCAAGUACAGUGACUAUUUCAAGGCAUUUUCCGCAGGAAAGCGGGUGUGUGUCGGAGAAGGCCUGGCUCGCAUGGAGUUGUUUCUCCUCUUCACCGCCAUUUUGCAGCACUUCAGCUUGAAGUCUCUUGUUGCGCCUGAGGACAUUGACCUCAGCCCCAUCGUCAACGGGUUUGCCAGUGUUCCACCCCAUUACACACUCUGUGUCCUUCCCCGCUCGCAAGCGUGAGGCAUGGGUGCUCUGGAGACAGUAGACUGGCACAAGGGAAGCCACUCUCUGCUGCUCAUUGUGCGGGCAGACUGGGGAGGCCAAACCUUCCCAUGCUGUACCCACUCUGGCCUUAACAGAGUAGGUCAUGUUGAAAGCCAGCAGCUGCAACAUCUCCCAGUCUCUCUCUGACCAGCCAUCCUGCCUCCCUCUCAUAGGGACCCUCCCAGAUGACCCGGGACAGUUCCCCCAUCUCAGGAUCCUCAUCACACGUUCCAAGGGCCCUUUGCCGAGUAAGGUACCACAUUUGCAAGUUCUGGGAUGAGAAUAAGGAUGCUAUUGGGCCCACUGUUCUGCCAUUUUGUCCACCACGGGGUGUGACCAAAACCUGAGUUUGACAAACUGGCAAAUCAUUCAACUGCAGAAGCCCUGCCACCCCUGCUCUGAAAGAGCCUGCCAGUCUCAUCACACUGCAGAAUAAACUCUUCCUGCAGCAGAAAGACUGGAAAAUGCUGUCUCACUUACUUUGGGGAUUUCAACUGGAGAGU